UUGUUCCACCAAGCAAACACACGCUUAACUAGUCGAGCACAGGGCACCCAACAGACUGAGUAGCUGUGACAGAGAGAGAGAGAGCGCUUCCCUUGGCUCCCGGGAUUCCCUUGCCAUGCCAUUGCCAUGUGAUGCUCCUCCUUCCCCUGCAUAUUAUUAGCAGCACCAGCAGCAGCAGCGCGUAGCGAUUAAGAGAACCACCAGCAGCAGCAGGCCAGUUGCAGCUCGCCACCUUCCUCCCUGCUUCUUCUUCUUCUUCUUCUCCGGUUUCUUCUCGCCUUGACCAAUCAAGAAGUGAGAGCAGAAGGAUGGGGACGGGGUGGCGGAGGGCGCUGUGCACGUCCGUCCAGUGGGACGACGGCGGCGACGGCCACCGCGACGCCAAGAACAAGAAGCGCCGCCCGCAACACACGCCCACCGCUGGCGCCGGCGGGGGAUUCUUCUCCGCCGGCGGGGGAUUCUUCUCCGCCGUCAAGAGCGCCGCCACCGGGGGCGGCAGCAGCAGCAGCAGCAACCCCUCGACGCCGACCCUGCGCUGCCGGACCAAGCCCCUGCAGCAGCCGGCGGAGCCCGCGUCCGUGACGCCGCCCUCCGCGCCGGCGCCCAUGGGGAAGCACCGGAUGCCGCUGCUGCAGGCGCUGUCGGCGCCGGCAUCGCGCAGAUCCCCCUCCAGAUUCGCGCUGCUCAAGGCCUCGCUCCUCCCGUCCAAGGGCACGAGUGAGGAUGUGUUCAGUUUUGAAGAUGAUUCAGUGGAGGAAGGGGAGGAACUUGAAAAGCCUAAGGCUGUGAAAAGGGUGGCUGAGAACGCCUUUAAGACACUACCCUGUGAUAGGGAAGCAAAGAUCACAAUGCCAUAUGGGCAGAAACCAGGCGCGCGCAGGAAGCGGCUGCAAAUGGAUGUGCUGAAUGUAAGCAUCGUCCGGACCGCAUGCUGCCAUCAUUACCAACCGCCGAACCAUCAACACGGAUAUCAACAAGGCGGCAGUCAACAGGUCAAAGCUCCAGGGCAUCAACAAGGUAGCCACGUCAAUGGGUCUAUCAAAUAUCGAAAGACAACGAGCUAUUAACAAUAUCUUCCAUCGACACAAAUUUCACUUGGUCUAGACAUGACAUGAAUACGCUUAUUGACCUCUUUUCGUCUUUUAAGAUUCAAAAUGGUAGGCUGCCAACCGCGAGUGAGAGGAGGAGUAUCAUUAGUAAUGCUACUUUUCAAGAUUCAAGAUGUUACGAAGCUGAGAGAGUUUCAAGCAAAGUGAAGGCAUUAAAAAGAAAAUGCAAAGAACUGCACAAGAGAAGAAGACGUCUUUCUCCCUCUCAAUCUCGUCUCUAUGAACGUGUGAACAAAGUCUGGCUAGCCUAAAGUAUGUAUCUUUUCUCCCCCUUGUUGCACCUUGAAUUAACCAUAACAAAGAAAUAUAUAUAAUUGUAUAUAUAAUUAAAGAGUACCUACAAAAAGAUACUAAUACCCUACCCUGUUCUCCCAAAUAUUCUUCCAGUUAUAUUAACUCUUUUUCGUUGCUUGGCUGCAGAGCGAGGAGCAAAGUUGACGAGUUUUUAUUCCUUUUGCUCCCUUCCUUUUGGCUUCAUAUAAGGUAGCUUUCUUAUACGAAGGUACUACUCACCUAGUUGGCAAAGUAUGGCAAAACUUUAGUAUCGCAGCUUCCUUUUGUGGUGUAAUAUAUGCAUACUGGUGCUAGGCUAAAUGAAAGGAAAGCAUCAAAUGCUUAUCAGUUCUUGUUUUGAAAGACAUAUGACCUAGACAAGAAUUCUAUAUAUCUCUACUUGCUAAAUGCUUAUAUAUAUGUUGCUCCAACUUGCUGGCUGAACCAAAACUCUCCUUAGGGCCACAAGAUGAAAUCUAUUUAUGUGAACUUUCUUGUUUUAUGCCAUAAGAUAAUGUUUCUGCAUUAUGAAUGCUAAGUUGUGAGAUAUGUUCAGUGCAUUUUUUGGUGCAUGCUUGCCAUUCCUUGCAAAUCUGCUAGCAUGACAUUACUGUGUUGUAGUAUCUGAGUGAGAUGGAUAGGAGAGAAAAUUACUUUAGACUAAUAGUUAAAAUUCCCCUUUAGACUAAUAUUCUGAAACCAAACUUGCCAGAGCAUGCUUUUCUUCAAACCAAGGUUAGAAUUUGCAUUUUCCCCUUUGAAGAUGCCCCCGGAUGUGUACAUUAUUUGUUAAUCAGCAGCCUGUCUAAAUGUACUGUAGGUUUUAGUGACUUACCCAAAUGUAGCUGAUGUUAUUCUUGCUAAUGGUAUGUUCAGUCAUUAGGAUCGCCCUCAUAUUGCUCAGCUAGGUGAAAAGGCUGGCUUGUACUUACCAGGACAAUUUUGGCUCAUAGCCAAGUUUGAGAAUCACUAUUUGAUUUACGAUCGGAUAGCAAGAUGAUGAUUAGAUUUUAUAUAUGAAGCGUGCAGAGCUGGUACCGUCUGCUUCCCUUGGA